AUGGUUCAAAAGGAAUCGGUAAGACCCGAUAAAGCACCUCCGUCAAUGUCUUUUUUCUCCCAGGCUGUCAAAUGUCAGGAUAUGGUCUACUGCUCAGGAAGUAUUGGGGUGGAUUUAACAGGGAAACUCGUUGAAGGGAGCGUUGCUGAUCGUACUGUAAGAGAUUAUUCACUAAAUUUCUCAGCAAUCCUUGAUGCAGCCGGCUCGUCCGUCGAUAAUGUCGUUAAGGUCAACGUCUUCCUUACCAACAUGGAGAACUUUGGAGCCAUGAACAGUGCUUAUGACAAAUUCUUCAACAAGGAGCCAAAGCCUGUCAGGACGUGCGUGGCUGUGUAUCGACUACCAUUUAAUACUGAUGUCGAGAUCGAAUGCACUGCUCAUCAGUAA